CAUACACAAAAACAGAAAAAAGAUAUAGAACUGAUGUAUUUAAUAAAGAGGUGUGCACUAUUUCAGAUUGUCAUCCCAAACAUGAUUUCCCACAUUUGAAGCAUCAACUAAUCAUGGUACUUUGUAGUGCACAAAGGAAAACUCAAUUUUUGCUACUUUUCACAUACUUGUGCUUGUGGUGUACUGAUAAUACUUCUCUCAAUGCCAAAGCAGAAAAUAAUGAUAGUUUGAAGCCAGGAGAUAAGCUGAAUGCCACAUCCAAGCUAUGUUCUAAACAAGGUAAAUAUUGCAUGAAUUUUGAACAAUUAAAUGAUUUUGAUAACCUCGCUUAUCUCAGCAUAUCUCCCGGAGGAAAUGACUGGCAUGUGUGGAUCGCUAACCGAGACCAACCUGUUGACAUGGAUUCUGCAGUGUUAUCACUGAACCAAUCUGGUGCACUCAAAAUUGAAUCCAAAUUUGGAAAACCAAUAACCCUUUACGCUUCACAUCAACCUUUGAAUAGAAGUACUAAUGUGGCCACCUUGUUGGAUUCAGGUAACUUUGUGUUGAAAGAUACUCAGAAGAACACUGUGUUGUGGCAAAGUUUUGAUCAUCCAACCGAUAGUUUGCUCCCUGGGAUGAAAUUAGGUUUGAAUCACAAAACUGGUGAAAAUUGGUCACUGGUUUCAUGGAUUGCUAAUUCAAAACUAUUACCAGCUUCUGGUCCAUUCAGGCUUGAUUGGGAACCCAUAGGAAAGGAAUUGGUCAUUAAGCAUAGAGAAAAAGUUUACUGGAAAAGUGGUAAGUUGAUCAGACAUAAUAAAUUUGAGCAUAUAGCUGAAGAUAAAGAAGUUCAGUACACAUCUGUGUCGAAUGAGAGUGAAGAUUCCAUCUCAUUUACACUGUCAACUGAUGAAGACUUUACAAUAUGGGCUCUAUUGGGAAAUGGGCAGUUGAUAAACAGGAAUAGGAAAGGAGAUACUUUAGCAAGGGCUGAUGUGUGUUAUGGCUACAACACCUAUAAAGGGUGCCAAAAGUAUGAGGACAAGCCUGCUUGCAGGAAUUUUGGCGAUGUAUUUACAAGCAAAAUAGGUUAUCCCAAUAAGGCAAUGUUAAAUGUUAUAGGAAAUGCUAGCUACAGCAUAAGUGAUUGUCAAGCUAUGUGUUGGAGAAACUGCAGGUGCUUUGGAUUCAAAAAUUAUCAUACCAAUGGAACUGGUUGUAUGUUCUUUCUAUCAUCAGAGGGUCAUAAUAUUGCAGCUGGUGGUCAAGAAUUUUACCUUUUGCAGGAGAACAUGCAAGCAGGUAAACAUAAUCGGUUGUGGAUAUGGAUAAGCGUUGCAAUAGCUACUGCUCUUCUCAUAAUUAGUAUUUCCAUUCUGUAUAGAGCCAGAAUGAAACGAAAGUAUAUGCUUGGAGAGAGUGAUAGAAACACAAUGGGGACUGAGAUACAACAUCUUGAGGAUUCCAAGGCAUCAUCUAGUGGCAAUGAUCUAGAAGUUGAUUUAAGCAAAGGAGAUGACUUGAAAGUAUUUAGCUAUUCAUCAAUAAAAGUAGCUACUAAUGACUUUUCAUCUGAAAACAAGUUAGGACAGGGUGGCUUUGGAUCGGUUUUUAAGGGAAUUCUACCUUCUGGGCAAGAAGUAGCUGUGAAAAGACUUUCAAAAUCUUCUGGACAAGGAAUUGUUGAAUUUAAAAAUGAAUUAAAUCUCAUAUGUAAGCUCCAGCAUACAAAUCUGGUUCAGCUAAUAGGUCACUGCAUUCAUGAACAAGAGAGAAUAUUAAUCUAUGAGUAUCUUCCAAAUAAAAGUUUGGACUUCUUUUUAUUUGAUUCUACUAGGAAAAAGCUGCUAGAUUGGAAUAAGCGCUUUAGCAUAAUCGAAGGAAUCGCUCAAGGAUUACUAUAUCUUCACAAGUACUCAAGACUCAGAAUUAUACAUAGAGAUUUGAAGCCUAGUAACAUACUCCUUGAUGAAAGCAUGAACCCCAAAAUAUCUGAUUUCGGUGUAGCAAGAAUGUUUAUGAAACAGGAAUCUGAGGCAAAUACCGACAGAAUUGUUGGGACAUAUGGUUACAUGUCUCCUGAGUAUGCGAUGGAAGGAAUUUUUUCUACGAAGUCUGAUGUGUAUAGCUUUGGGGUGUUACUCCUUGAAAUUAUUAGCGGUAGAAAAAAUAAUAGCUUUUAUUGUGAAGACAACCCACUAAAUCUAGUAGGUCAUGUUUGGGAGCUAUGGAAAGAAGGUGAAGUUCUUCGGUUGGUCGAUUCAGCUCUAAAUGAUUUUUUUUCUCAGGAAGAGGUGCUAAGAUGUGUUCAUGUUGGUUUAUUGUGCGUACAAGAACAUGCCGAUGAUCGCCCCAACAUGUCGAAUGUUAUAUCAAUGUUAACAAAUAAAAGUAGAGUGACUGUUUUUCCUAAGAAGCCGGCAUACUAUGGUAGAACAACCUUCGAGGAAGAAACGUGUUUUGAAGAAUUUACUGGGGAUUUUACAUAUAGUAAUUCUUGUUCCCAUUCACAAUUAAUACAGAUAGACGUAUGAAAGGAUAGGUCAUAUUGCUUAAUGUGGGCACUUGUUUAGCAAUCAUAUAUAGUAAAAGUAUUUUGGAA